AUGACGUAUACCAAUCUGAUGAACAACUACUUCAACCCCAACUCAGUGUACAUAGAAGAGGAUUUCAGACGUCUCUUCCGGAUGAGGCGUCAUGUCUUCAAGCGUUUACUUCAUGAUGUCCAGCAGGUCAAUCCAUACUUUAGACAGAAGCGGGACAGAGUAGGCCGUCUUGAUUUCUCACCUCAUCAGAAGGUUUACAAAGACGAGUACCUCCGUGAGCCAAAUCAAGAAGAUUUGAAUCGGGUCCUUUGCAAAGCUGAAGACCGUGGGUUUUCGAGCAUAAUAGGGUCAUUAGACUGCAUGCAUUGGGAUUGGAAGAAUUGUCCCACUAGAUGGCAAAGAGGCUUUAGCGGAAGGUCGAGAAAGCCAAUUGUUGUGUUAGAGGUGGUUGCUUCAUAUGACACAUAG